GAGAGCAAAUUUAGUUGAUGUUUUUACAUUGGUUUCAUCUCACUUUUGUUUAUUGUUUUUGUCACUUGCCUAUGGCAAUGUAAACCUAUGCUUCCCAUGCCAAUAAAGCACCUUUGAAUUGAGAGAGGUUCAAUGGAAGUCCACCAGAGAAAGAGACGGUCGGGGGCAGAGAGGAGGAGACACGUGAUGUUGAGUGUGUGUUUAAGUGCACAGUUUCAACCGUUGGGGAUCAGAAGGGAAGUCACGUGCGCAAUGAGGGGGAAGAAGAGCGUGUGUGUCUAAUAGGUUAUUAUGUGAGAAGAGAAUGGGAGAGUUGGGUGAGUUGGGAGAGUUGGGAGAGCUGGAGCUCCUCCAGGGAAACCAGGAGAAACAUAUCUCUCUGUUAAAGAACUUUGUGUCUGGAGGAGUAGGAGGAGCUUGCCUUCUGUUCGUGGGACACCCGCUCGACACAAUCAAGGUGCGGCUACAGACCCAGCCCAGAGUGCCCAGCCAGGAUGUCCUCUACAAAGGUGCUUAUGACUGCUUCCUAAAGACUGUCUCCAAAGAGGGACUUCUUGGGCUGUACAAGGGGAUGGGGGCCCCCCUAGCCAGCGUAGCUCCUAUGAUGGCCAUUAGUUUCUUUGGGUUCGGACUGGGAAAACAGCUGUUGCAACCAGACUCCACUAAGACACUGAUGCCUACCCAACUGUUUCUCUCAGGCUGUCUAGCAGGUGUUUUCACGACAGUGAUAGUGUGUCCUGGAGAAAGGGUCAAGUGUUUACUACAGGUGCAGGCCAGCGGGGGGCAGCAGGCAGUACGGUAUGCAGGUCCUCUGGACUGUGCUCUCAAGUUGUAUAAAACACAAGGCAUCCGCUCCAUCUACAAAGGAACAACACUCACACUCAUCAGAGACGUGCCUUCUAAUGGUGCCUACUUCAUGGCUUAUGACUUCCUGAAACACAAAAUGACAGCUGAGGGUGAAAGUGUGUCCCAGCUCAGCACUCCAAAGAUCCUCCUUUGCGGUGGCAUAGCGGGCAUCUGUAACUGGAUUGUGGGACUUCCACCCGACGUACUCAAGACCAACUUCCAGACAGCUCCAGACGGGCGGUACAGGGGAACAGGUCUGGUAGAUGUACUGCGGGAGCUGCUUCGUGACGAGGGGCCCAGAGCACUCUAUAAAGGAUCCAACGCCGUGUUCCUCAGAGCCUUCCCUGCCAACGCGGCCUGUUUUCUAGGGUAUGAAUUGGCGUUAGAGUGUCUAAAUUGGCUGGCUCCCACCUGGUGAAGUCUCCUGCUAUGACCUGUCAUUAAGAGGUUGUAACCUGCAUUGACCUGUCGCUGUCUUCAGACUGGACUCUUCUCUUGACCUCAGUUUCAUGCUUCCCAAAUGGCACACUAUUCCCUAUAUAGUGCACUACUUUUGCCUAGGGCCUGUAGGUAAUAGGGCUCUGGUCAGUUUUGCACUAUAUAGGGAAAGUAGUGCACUAUAUAGGGAAUAGGGUGAUGGUUUUUGUUGUUGUAUUUAACCUUAAUUUAACUAGUCAUGGUUUUUCAUGACAACAACAAUGUGAAUUCUUGUCCUCCUUGUUGUUAAUGUGGUUCUAAAAAAUAUAUUCACAGAUUUUUCAGUUUGACAUCUUGUCCUGUUUCGGUUUGACAUCUUGUCCUGUUUCAGUUUGACAUCUUGUCCUGUUUCAGUUUGACAUCUUGUCCUGUUUCAGUUUGACAUCUUGUCCUGUUUCAGUUUGACAUCUUGUCCUGUUUCAGUUUGACAUCUUUUCCUGUUUCAGUUUGACAUCUUGUCCUGUUUCAGUUUGACAUCUUGUCCUGUGAUUCACGUCUUGUUGAAGAGAAGUUUAAACGCACAGUGAAAUAAUGACAAUCAUGAUAUUUAUUUAAGGGGAUGAUUUUGACAUAUUUCUGUGAACCUAAGGUUGUGUCUAAAAGGCACCUGAUAAUAGUGCACUAUAUUUAUAUUCAUUAUUCAUUGUUAAUAGUAACAAUAAAGACGUGUUUGAAUGUUGAAGAUGUAAAACAUUUUUUUUAAAUGCCUUCAUUUGUUUAUUGACCAAUUUAGGGGUUUUGAUGUACAUUUUAAAUGUGAUAUAAUUGGAUUAAUUUUGACAAUUAAUCAAAUCCAUUUAUGAGCAGAUUUAUCUCAGAACAGGCUUUAUACAUUUGUUUGAAUAAAGUGUAAUUUGCCAAAUAUGA